AUGAGAAAUGUUUACGGUCAAGUGAACCAAGCCAAUCAGUCCAACCCACUGGGCUCUGGACUGGGGUACCUAGAGCACAUCUGCCAGCUCAUAGAGAAGAUCGGACAGCUACAGGAACACAACCUUCGACUACAGAAACAGAUCUGUGGCCUGCAGAAGGAAGGCAGGGUGAUCAAGGCUAAAGAGGACUUCUUCAUGCAGCACUGUAGCUGUGGAGCAGCCAGCUUGGCCUUCCAAGAGCUCAAGAGACACUUUCGCAGUGACCACUACAGCCUGACGGCAUCAAGCGGCACACUGUCUGACCUCAGCACAAUCCCUGAGGUCACGCGCAUCCCCCUCAGGGCAGCCAUGGGAGAUGGUGACAUGGGUUGCCAACCUGCUCUUCCUGUUUGGAGGAGGGGUCUGAAUCGAAGGAGCUACACAGAGGAAGAGGCCAAGUACCUGAGUGACAGCGCUGAGGUCCUCUCCGCUCCUCACAGACGGUUGAGUGAGAACUAUACAUGGGGAAGAGUGAAGGAAAUGGUGAAGAAGACCAAACUGAGGAACCAAAGCCGGCUGGGACUGUCUUCAGGCUCCCUGAAGAGAUCAUGUCCACAGCUUUACCGCCCAGAUGUGAUGCCAGCAGAACGGCCCAGGACAAACAGAAACUCCAUGAUCGCUCUGGGACAUCAGAAACUGGACUAUCUGUGGCCACAGUAGUAUAACUCAGACAUUGAGCAGAUGGCCUGCGAUGGGGCAGCUUUUCCAAAAAGCAAAGCACAAAGUGGUAGUUUUUGCCAUUUGCAGAUGGUUUUCCAGACUGAGGAACAAGAUAGGAGAGAAAUGCACAAGAAAACAAUGAAUGGGAUUGGAGUAAUGAUAGAAAAAAGUUGGUAUCACGUGUAUAGGUAAUACUAAGAGAGAUGCUUAUAUGUUGAUUAAAGUGUUAAGUUGACCUGUUGAUGGAGCUCGUUUGUGUGACAUCACAUUUCUGUAAAUGUCAUUAAUUCAGAUGAAGCACUCAUUAGAUUUGUCAGCUAAUGAGGUACUAUUAAAGACGAUAUAAACGUGGAAAUGAUUUACAGAAUGUGAACAGAAGGGAAUUACAGAAAAUCCUUAUGUAUAGUCUAAUGUAAAUUUCUGCCAGGACAAUUUACCAGAUGCUGUCCUAAUUGUAAAAUACUUGAAAUACAUCCAAAUGAUAACAAAUGUUGAACAUGCAUGCUAUAUCUUUAUAUAUAUAUCAUUUCGUACCACUAUUAUAAGAAGUGCCGUAAGUGAGUAUACAGAUAUAACAAAUAUGCAUGUAUGUAUCCAUGAUGCAUGGAUCAUAUGUGAAGAUGAGAGUGGAUAAGAGGUGCUCCCACGUCUGAAUUCCUCUAUCUACAGACAUACAGUGGGUACGGAAAGUAUUCAGACCCCUCUAAAUUUUUCACUCUUUGUUA